CGCUCCGGCUGUGAGAGUCGUCUUAUCAGUUCCUUCCCUCUACUUCCCUGUUUCUUUCGGAAGGACAGACAGAAGCACGAUAAACCCCAUACUUGCUUGUUUCUACCCUCUGCUCAUUAAUGUUUCCCGUUCAAUCUCGGGUUCAGUUUCCUUCCGAUUUUCGUGUUGAUCAGUCAACUUAUUGUUCAAAUGUUCUCUCACUUAUCAGAGGUUUCGAUCUUGGCGGUGGUGGCGCUAUGGCUGGCGCUGGAAGUUUCCUACGUGACCGGCCAAGUCCAGUAUCGGCUGACUCCGUUAAGAACGGGUGGCUGGCCGAUGAAGCAACCUCAACUGAAGAGCGGUCCCGAAUGUCCGACGCCAUACUUCCGUAAUGGAGUGGCCAAACCUCGCCAAAGGAACAAGAUGAUUCGGUUCACGUGUGCCAGUGGGUUCACUCUGGUGGGGAAUAUGUACUCCAUGUGCGAAAAGGGCCGUUGGGAUACUCCCAUUCCGAUCUGUAUCAGGUCAGGAUGUCCAGAUUUGACGCUCGUAGAUAACGGUCAGAUUUCCUAUGAGUACGGACAAGCGGCAGCAAUGUUGUUCUGUAGCAGUGGCUUUCAAGUGGCGGGCCCUUCUAAGGCUUAUUGCAACGGUACUCACUGGGAUCGACCGUUGGGAAACUGCCGUGAGACCGGAAUUGGAGCGGAAACCAGUUGCGACUUUGAGGCGCCGGAUUUGUGCGGUUGGAUGAAUGAGGCCACUCACGACUUCGAUUGGAAGAGGAGUGAUGGCAUUGUGCAUCCAAAAGCGUUGAAGACCGGGCCGAAGUUCGAUCACACGACUGGGACUUCGUUGGCCGGUCAUUUCAUGAUGGUUGAUUCUGUGGAACAGUUUACCAACGAAACGGCGCGUUUGCUGUCCCCGAUGUACCCUGCAAAUUACAGCCAGAGUGCAUGUUUUUCUUUCUUUUACCACAUGUACGGAGAUGGCGUUGGAACGCUUUCCGUGUACGUGAGACCCGCCUCGCAACAACUGGAUAGUUUCAGUGUAAAGGACGCCAUUUUCUCCUUGAAGGGUAACCAACGUAACGUGUGGAACGAGGGCUACUUUGAUUUAAAGCCACUUUCAGAGGAAUUCCAGAUAGUUAUAGAAGCUUCAUUAGGCUUGAAGGCCAAGAGUGACAUAGCUAUUGAUGACGUGAGCUUGUUAAAUGGUGAAGACUGCCGCCCAAAGAGUGACAGUGAAGAUGACGAGGUCAUCACUCCUGAAGUGAUUCCUCCGGAUGUAUCAAGUGAUGACAAUAUAUUCAAGCUUGGAUCGUGUGAAAACCGUUGUGGUGUGAAUGUUUCGUCCGUAGUAACAAUUCCUGAUACAAGUGUGAAUUUUGUGCAGUGUGAUUGCUUCGAAGGCUGUGUUGAUAGCAAAACCUGCUGCCCGGACUAUGCAGAACGUUGCGUGUUCAACGAGACAGCAUUUAGCGCUACUACGAGCACUAAAAUACCUACAUCAACAACGGAGACGACGCGCUCAACAACAACAUCAACAACGCCCAACAUAACUACAUCCACUUCUCCCAGUACAACAAAAUCUACUACCACUUCUACGAAACCUACAACAACUCCAACGAAACCAUCUACCACGUCAACUACUACUCAGCGAAGCACCACAACUUCGACGGAGCAAGCGAUUCUAUCAACAUCUACCAAGACUACAGCAAAGGUCUCGCCGUCUACUACAACAACCACCAAAAUCUAUAAUCUCAGACCAAGGACUACUACGAACAAGCCGUUCAUCGUUCCCAUGGUUCGCACACGGAGACCAACGACUACUUCGACCACACUACCGCCCUCUACAACUACUGAAGAAAUCGUCAUGAAGAUGUUUCCUCGCUUCGGUGAUGCCUCAAACGACGAGCUGUCGAUGCUGGAAUUGGGAGACUCCAAACCGAAUUUGGCGCGCGUGUUCCUAUUCUCCGGAAUUGGCGUCGUUUCGUUCGGCUGCGUCAUACUGUUGGUAGUGUUGCACAUUCGGCGCAAUUCGGGUGCCAACGUGCUGAACCGCUUGAAGCAGAAAUCGAAGAAGAAUAACUUCGGAAGCAACGAGGGCUUCGAAGAUGUACGCUUCUUGGCGGCUGAUGAACAUCUAGAUUUUAGCCUUCCGGACGAUGAAACGGGGGAAGCGGGCGAAGGUGAGGAAGGUGGCGGCAACGGAAACGGUGACGCAAAACAGAAAGUCAGCAAGAAGGGGAAGAAAUAGUGAUAGCGUAAGACACAAGUGUAACUUAUUUUGAAUAAA